CAUUCCGCGGCCGCCGCCAGCCGAGGGGAGCGUCUCAAGCAGAUGCCGCGGGGGCCGCUCGCAGCCGCCGACUUGUGAAUGGGACCCGGGCUGGGGCCGGGGGUGCCACCACUGCGCUCGCCCAGGGACCGACCUCCCGAAGCUCGCGCCCACCCUCUGGGGCCCCAGAAGUCAUUUCCUUUUUGGCUCAGUGGCCCUGAGGCAUUUUCUCCUGUUGGUAUUUGUUGAGUGAUCAGUUAGAUGGGUGGAGCGUGUUACAGAAAUUGGCAGCAAGUAUCCAAUGGGUGAAGAAGAAGCCUACUGGGGAUGUGAGCAGCCCUGACGUGAUGUGCUCAGGCAGCAGAGACUUCCUGCUCCAAGAGAGGUCUGUUUGACUUGUCUGAGAGGCCACCAUUGGCGGCCACACAGUUGGUGGGAGGGGUGACAGCUACAUUCUCCUGUGCCUACCACAUAACCAAAAAAUGAAGGAGAACUACUGUUUACAAGCCACCCUGGUGUUCUUGGGAGUGCUGUGCCACAGUCAAGCCUUCACCACAGAGCGGCGGAGCCACCUACGACCCUCGUUCCACGGGCACCAUGAGAAGGGCAAAGAAGGGCAGGUGCUGCAGCGCUCCAAGAGAGGCUGGGUCUGGAACCAAUUCUUUGUGAUAGAGGAGUACACUGGGCCUGACCCCGUGCUGGUGGGCAGGCUUCAUUCUGAUAUUGACUCUGGUGAUGGGAACAUUAAAUACAUUCUCUCAGGUGAAGGAGCUGGAACCAUUUUUGUGAUUGAUGACAAAUCAGGGAACAUUCAUGCCACCAAGACAUUGGACCGAGAAGAGCGAGCCCAGUAUACACUGAUGGCUCAAGCAGUGGACAGACACACCAACAGACCACUAGAACCACCGUCAGAAUUUAUUGUCAAGGUCCAGGACAUUAAUGACAACCCUCCUGAGUUCCUGCAUGAGGUCUAUCAUGCUAACGUGCCUGAGAGGUCCAAUGUGGGAACAUCAGUAAUUCAGGUGACAGCCUCGGAUGCAGAUGAUCCCACCUAUGGGAACAGCGCCAAGCUAGUCUAUAGUAUCCUGGAAGGACAACCCUACUUUUCAGUGGAAGCACAGACAGGUAUCAUCAGAACAGCCCUCCCCAACAUGGACAGGGAAGCCAAGGAGGAGUACCAUGUGGUGAUCCAGGCCAAGGAUAUGGGUGGACACAUGGGUGGACUCUCAGGGACAACCAAAGUCACGAUCACACUGACCGAUGUCAAUGACAACCCACCAAAGUUUCCACAGAGCGUAUACCAGAUGUCUGUGUCAGAAGCAGCUGUCCCCGGGGAGGAAGUAGGAAGGGUGAAGGCUAAAGACCCAGACAUUGGAGAAAAUGGCUUAGUCACAUACAAUAUUGUUGAUGGAGAUGGGAUGGAAUUGUUUGAAAUCACUACAGACUAUGAAACACAGGAGGGUGUGGUGAAGCUGAAAAAGCCUGUAGAUUUUGAAACCAAAAGAGCAUAUAGCUUAAAGGUAGAGGCAGCCAAUGUGCACAUUGAUCCGAAGUUCAUUAGCAACGGGCCUUUCAAGGACACUGUGACGGUCAAGAUUGCAGUAGAAGAUGCUGAUGAGCCCCCCAAGUUCUUGGCUCCAAGUUACAUCCAUGAAGUCCAAGAAAAUGCAGCUGCUGGUACAGUAGUUGGAAGAGUGCAUGCCAAAGACCCUGAUGCUGCCAACAGCCCAAUAAGGUAUUCCAUCGAUCGUCAUACUGACCUAGACAGAUUUUUCACCAUUAAUCCAGAGGAUGGUUUUAUUAAAACUACAAAACCUUUGGAUAGAGAAGAAACUGCCUGGCUGAACAUAACCGUUUUUGCAGCAGAAAUCCACAACCGGCAUCAGGAAGCCAAAGUCCCUGUAGCCAUUAGGGUCCUUGAUGUCAAUGAUAAUGCUCCCAAGUUCGCCGCCCCUUAUGAAGGUUUUAUUUGUGAGAGUGAUCAGACCAAGCCACUUUCUAACCAGCCAAUUGUUACAAUUAGUGCGGAUGACAAGGAUGACACAGCGAAUGGACCGAGAUUUAUUUUCAAUCUACCCCCUGAAAUCAUUCACAAUCCAAAUUUCACAGUCAGAGACAAUAGAGAUAACACAGCAGGAGUAUAUGCCCGACGUGGAGGAUUCAGUCGGCAGAAGCAGGAUUUGUACCUCCUGCCCAUUGUGAUCAGUGAUGGGGGAAUCCCACCCAUGAGUAGCACCAACACCCUCACCAUCAGGGUGUGUGGGUGUGAUGUGAACGGUGCCCUGCUCUCCUGCAAUGCUGAGGCCUACAUCCUGAAUGCUGGCCUGAGCACAGGGGCGCUGAUUGCCAUCCUUGCCUGCAUCGUCAUUCUCCUGGUCAUCGUAGUAUUGUUUGUGACUCUGAGAAGGCAAAAGAAGGAACCACUCAUAGUCUUUGAGGAAGAAGAUGUGCGUGAGAACAUCAUUACCUAUGAUGAUGAAGGGGGUGGGGAAGAAGACACAGAAGCCUUUGAUAUCGCUACUCUUCAGAAUCCUGAUGGCAUCAAUGGAUUUAUCCCUCGAAAAGACAUAAAGCCUGAGUAUCAGUACAUGCCCAGACCUGGGCUCCGGCCAGCACCCAACAGUGUGGAUGUGGAUGACUUCAUCAACACAAGAAUACAGGAAGCGGAUAAUGACCCAACUGCCCCGCCUUAUGACUCCAUCCAAAUCUAUGGGUAUGAAGGCAGGGGCUCCGUGGCUGGGUCCCUGAGUUCUUUAGAGUCUGCCACCACAGAUUCAGACUUGGACUAUGACUACCUACAGAACUGGGGACCUCGUUUUAAGAAGCUAGCAGACUUGUAUGGUUCCAAAGACACCUUUGAUGACGACUCUUAACAAUAACAAUACAAAUUUGGCCUUAAGAACUGUGUCUGGCGUUCUAAAGAAUCUAGAAGAUAUGUAAACAUGUAUUUUUUUAAAUCAAGGAAAGGCUCAUUUAAAACAAGCAAAGUUUUACAGAGAGGAUACAUUUAAUAAAACUGCAAGGACAUCAAAGUGGUAAAUACUGUGAAGCACCUUUUCUCACAAAAAAGGCAAAUAUAGAAGUUGUUUACCAACUUCAUUUAGAGAAAUAAACCACUUGGCAUACAAAACAUUUAAUUGAAGGAGAAGUCUAAUGGUGAACUUAAACAAUGAAGGGAAAUUGUGUUACGAACAUUUAAGUCUUUUUUUUUUCUUCUUUUUUUUUUUUCUAAUUUGUCAAAGAAGCUUCCACAAAAUUAGAAAGGACAACAGUUCUGAGCUGUAAUUUCGCCUUAAACUAUGGACACUCUAUAUGUAGUGCAUUUUUAAACUUGAAAUAUAUAAUAUUCAGCCAGCUUAAACCCAUACAAUGUAUGUACAAUACAAUGUACAAUUAUGUCUCUUGAGCAUCAAUCUUGUUACUGCUGAUUCUUGUAAAUCUUUUUGCUUCUACUUUCAUCUCAAACUAAUACGUGCCAGAUAUAACUGUCUUGUUUCAGUGAGAGGCGCCCUAUUUCUAUGUCAUUUUUAAUGUAUCUAUUUGUACAAUUUUAAAGUUCUUAUUUUAGUAUACAUACAAAUAUCAGUAUUCUGACAUGUAAGAAAUGUACGGCAUCACACUUAUAUUUUAUGAACAUUGUACUGUUGCUUUAAUAUGAGCUUCAAUAUAAGAAGCAACCUUUGAAAUAAAAAAAAGAUUCUUUUUUAA